GCACCGCGAAAACCUCCUCCUAUUAGCUACAUAAUAAACACCGCAAAAAGAGAAGAGUGUCGGGUCAGUGAUGAAGUUAACCCGAUUAUUUCGUGACUCAUCUUUAUUCGUGAUUCCAAUUCUUCGUUGUUUGUAAACAAGAGCAUUGAAAAUUUGAAAUGAGUGAGUGCUGUUGUUCAAUUGUAAUUCCAAAUCUUCAGAUUCCAUCAUUUACCAAAAACCCUUUUCCCAUCGCUGAUUUCGGCCGCCGAAACCAUUUUUCACGGUGUUUCCCCGCAUCUCUUCCUUUCCCAAAUCCGUCGUCAAAGCUGCCACCUUUUCGAGUUUCUAGAACUAUCCAGGCCACGUCAGCUCACAUGGAAGUGGAACGAACUCAAGGGUUUGAGUCAAACAGCGCCUCAAUGAAGCUCUUGUUUGUGGAGAUGGGUGUCGGAUACGAUCAACACGGGCAGAAUAUAACGGCUGCAGCAAUGAGGGCAUGCAGGGAUGCCAUUUCUUCUAAUUCAAUCCCAGCUUUCCGCAGAGGUUCCAUCCCUGGUGUCAAUUUCGAUCAGAUGAAAUUGCAGAUCAAGCUAGGUGUUCCCAAUUCUCUUCAGAGCUCUUUGGAUAUCGAGAAAGUCAAGUCUGUGUUUCCCUAUGGAAAAAUUUUGAAUGUUGAAGUGGUGGAUGGUGGAUUGAUAUGCUCAAGUGGGGUGCAUGUGGAAGAGAUGGGUGACAAGAAUGAUGAUUGUUACAUUGUCAAUGCUGCUGUAUAUGUAGGCUAUUAAUAAUAAAAGCUUUAUUCUCCUGUUUUUGGUGAACUUCUGAUUCUGAUAACUUUGUGUCUUCUCUGUAUAAUAAUACACCAAUAUUUUUAGUUUAUCCUGGUUUUUUAAUUUCAGAAAGAAUAUGUUGU